GGUCGGCUCAGCCUGCGGGAGGUGCCGGACCUCCCGGACAUGAGGAAGCGGGGCGACGCGGGGCUCGACAGCCCCGACUCCGGGCUGCCCCCCAGCCCCGGGCCCGCCCCCCCGCCUUGGCUCCUCUCCUCCGGUAGCCCCGACCGCGCCGCCGUCACCACCGCCACCACCAACGGGCUGCCGGAGCCCGACCUCUCCGCUCCCGCCGCCGCGAAUUCUGUGUUCUCUCCCAGCCCUGUUCUCUCCAGCUGCACUCCAAGACUGUGUCCUUUAUCCUUUGGCGAAGGAGUUGAGUUUGACCCUUUACCACCAAAGGAAAUAAGGUACACAUCCUCGGUGAAAUACGACUCGGAGAAGCACUUCAUCGAUGACAUCUAUAUGCCAGUGGGCUUAAGCGUUUCCUCUUGCAGCCAGACGGUCAUCUGCGUCCCAAACUGCACGUGGCGUAACUACAAAUCGGAGGUCCACUUAGAGCCCCGCAACAAGCCCCAGCGUUUCACCAGCACCACCAUCGUCUACCCGAAGCACGCCAAGACUGUGUACACCACCACGCUGGAUUACAACUGUCGGAAAACCGUGCGGCGGUUCCUCUCCAGCAUAGAGCUGGAAACGUCGGAGUACCUUGGGAACGACUGUGUCCUGGAUGGUUGCUGACUGAUGGCUGUCUCUCCUCCUCUGAUCCAUCCCAGUCCCGUCUAACGUACUGUGCUAACUCUCCACUAGCUAAAGUGGGUACAGACCCCGACUUUCCGGUCAGGUUAAGGGAACCUUACCUGUCGCCAUCUCUUUUUCAGCUCUUAAUUCCUGCUUUAAUCAUCAAAAUGGCCUGAACGCAGUUUUUCAGUGGGAACAUAACUUAGUAAGGAACCUGUUUCUUUGCCUGUAAAGUCGUGAGUUCCCUCCCCUUCCCUGCAGUGCAGUAAUCAGAUGAAAAUAAGGGGAAGUAUUUUCCCAGACAAAAAAAAUUGACAGGUAAGAAAGAACGUGGAACAGUGCCUGGCAGGUGGAAAUCCAUUUGAUGCUUUGUGGUGAUGUGCAAAAAUAAGGGCAGUUUGCUCUCUUGCAGAGAAUCUGCCAGGUCUUUUGGUUACAGAUAGCCAGAGCUGUCAUUCGUUUCAGUUUAGACCGCAAGACUGUUUUCUCUAGAAGACCCAUCUCCUGGAAAUUGCUGGAAAAAGCUAACAGAGGAAAAAAUUGGAAUUCUGCGUUUAGCAGAACACACAAAUGUUAUCCUAUGGCAUUCAUGUCUGGUUUGAAACUGUGAGUUGGAAAGAGGAGGAAUUCUGAGUAGAGCAGGAGGCUUAACUGCUUUUGCAGCUCCAGGCAGCAGGGAAAGGAUCAGGUAAUUUAAGUUCUUUAGAUGAAUGGCGUGAUGUAUUUUCUGUACUUAUAAUGACUUCUACAGCACUGUAGUCUGUGUAACACGCUAGCAUGUAGUAGGACUUGUAAUGAAGAGUAUCAGGCCCAAAGUUAUCCAUGUAUUGCUGGAGAGUCGGGUCUUGACAGUGUGGUGGUGGAAAAACACCAGUGCCCAGUUUUUACCGACGUACUGUCUGCACUAAGGGAGUUGUAACUAGGGAAGUUUCAGAAAAUGCACCAUGUAUAAAGGGACCUAGAAUGGAGGAGGGGAUGCUGGGAUCAGGUGUGAGAUGCUGUCAUGGUGGGGAUUGUGAAGAGAUAGAUGGUAGCAAAGGAUGGGCAAAUUUCUAUUGCAUAGUGAAAUCCACAGCUGUAGCUCUGCUUCCCUGUUGAGCUUCUCAUUGCAAAAGGUCCGUGUCCUCUCUGGAUUUUGGUGUUCAGGAUUGUCACUAGGGUGGGAUAGCAUUUGGCUGUCUGUAGGCUGCUGAAUAACCCCUCCAGUUCCAAGUGCAUGAUGAGUUUGUGGACCAAAGGGAGUAUCUUCAGAUACUAUGAAAGUCCAUCUGGAUGGUACGUGCAUUAGGUUAUCAGGCACUUUGAUGAAAAUGAGAUGGAGAGGUUUUUUUUCUAUAUUGGCAGCAGUGUAGUGUGGAGAGCAUCCGCUUUUGGGAGCAUGGCUUAAUGUUGGUGGCUAGUGUGGUGUCGCAGCUCAGAAACACUUGGUAGACCUGACUUAGUUGGACAUACCUUUUCCAUGUAUUCCAAAACUCCUCUGAGAUGUGGGUCACCUUCUGGUCCAACAUCAGCCCUGAACCUGCUUUUAAAGAGGGCUUCACCAGUGCAUAGCCCCAAGGGUGAAUUUUGUCAGUGGUGAGUUAGAAACCAGGAGCCUGUUCUUGAGCUGUACUUCACGUGUGUUUGUGCAAGUGUGAUGAACGGUGUGGGAGUGUACUCUAGUGUGAACUGAAAUGAUUUGGGAGACUGAAAAUGCAGCAGGAAAGAAGGCUUGAGUUUGUGAGGUUUGAGCUUUGGGGUUUUUUUAAUAUAUUUAUUAGUUCAAAACAGAACAUCCUCAAUCUUUGGUAGUUGCCUCAGAAAGCCAGAUCCUAAAACAGUCCCAGGGUGACAGAGGAUGCCAAAGUCAGGCAGGCAUUGCUCCAGAGUUGUUAAGAGCAGCACAGUCUUUUCAUUAAACAUGUUGGUUUCAGACUACAGUAUUUAGGAGAUGUGUCUUAAAUACAUGUUGCGAUUCUACCCAAAACAUUGCCUCAAGAUACAUUUGUUGUGUGACAGAAGGCACAACUCGGCCCCUAAGUGUGUGAGGUUUCAAGUGGACAAAACUCUUCCUUGGGAAAGCUGUUGUGUCAUUGCUUGCUUCGCAGUUUUGCGUACCUUGCUCCUGAAGCAUCUGGUGCUGGCCACUGUUGGACACAGGACGCUGGAAGAACACGGACCCUGGAUUGCUCCGACAAUGCUCUUCCAAUGAAUUCAUUUGCAGGACAUCUAAAAGAAAAUUAUUUUAAGUUGUAAUCAUUAAUUGUCCCUAGUUAGAAAUGAAAUGACCCUUACACUAUGGUUUUAGAAUAAAGCACUUGGUUUUUAUAAAGCAAACAAACUUAAUUAUGUACCUCUUAAAAAUAUUUUAAUUGGUAGAGAUACCUUUUAAAUUAUUUAUGUUCCAACAUUUGCAAAGCUCUGAUUAGCUCUGUGCAAGUGUUCUGAUGUUCUGUCUGUGACGUUUCCUACUCCCCCUUAUAAUUUUCAAUUUGUAUUUUACUUUAUUGGUAAUAAAUGAUCUGAAAACCAUCA